AUGGAAAAGAUCUCACAGUCUGCCGAGCGGCUCGCCAGCACUCCUACUCACUCCCGACUUGGCUUCAAGCUUCUCGAGAAAGACCCGGUGCUCGAGCUGGCGCGCAAGCUCGGCUUCAAGGUGACCGAGUUCGACCUGCCCCCCUAUCCCGUGGAACGGCUACUGGGCGAGGGAAGCCUGCUGAUGGCAUUUAUGCUCUCAUCGACGCUCGUUUGCUACUUGCUCUACCACUACGUCAACAAGAAUGCGCUUCUGCGCCACGCCUGCAUCGGCGGAAUGGUUUCGGCCCUCAUCGCCUGGCCCGUCGUCACGGGCCAGAGCGGCAUCAUGCUUCUUGACUUCUGGAAGCCUGCCCUGGGCUUCCGCUCCUGCCUCCUCGUCUGGGACAUUUUCCAGAUCCGCACACGUGAAGAGGUGCAAUCAUGGAACUUUGCCCGCUUCUUUUGCCACCUCUGGGCCUUUCCCCUGGAGGAAGAGGAGAUCGCCGAGCGAGACCGCGACGAGGGCUUUCACCGGAGCGCGCGCGUGCAGAAUGCAAAGGGCCUUCCAAAGGUUCUCAUCGAGGGCAUCGUGCUGCUCUUGACCCUCUACAUCGUCCCUCCCUAUGAGUUGACAAAGAACAUGAGCCAGCUGGCCUACCACUGCUACUGCGACGCCCUCGGUCUUUCGAUCCUCAUGGCUCUCGCCCUCUUUGGCGACGGUCUGCUAAAGACCAUCGGCAUCUUCUGCAACGUGGAGAUGGCCGAUAUGUUCGAGAAUCCGCUAGGAACCGUCAACAUUCGCCUGUUCUGGUCGCACUGGAAUCGUGCCAUUGCCACGGUCCUUCAUCGCGUCGUCUUUGGCGGCGGCCGUCAGACACCAUCUAGCGUCAAGGCAAAGCAGCGCAAGGAGAAGCAGGAGAAGAAGGACCGCGUGGCGCAGCUCCAGCAGCAGCAGCGCAAUCGCAAGCACCUCGACCAUCUCUCCGAGACCGAGGCCGAGGCGAGCAAGACAGAUGACGAAGACGAGCAUAGGCUGCGCAGAAACGGCCUCAAGCCAUUGACGAGCACGGCCAAUGGAGCAAAGGACAACGGCGGUCAGCAACAACAGAAAAAGAGCUCCUCCAACAAGCCCAAGUCCUCUUUUCUGCCCAAAGCUCUUGCUGCCAUUGCUACGUUUGCCAUGAGCGGCAUCUUCCACGAGUGGAUCACGCUCCAGACGCUCAACUACGCUGGGGGCGAAAACUUUGUCUUUUUCCUUCUCAACGGGGUGGCCACCGUCACCUCGACUUGGUUCCGACGCACGUUCCCCGAGGCCAACGCAAAGAUUCCUACCUUGGUCGCCGUGCUGCUCCUUCACCUAUUUUUCCUAACCGUCAUCCCCCUCUUCUGCGCACCCUUUAUUCGAAGCGGCUUCUUCGUCCAGAUGCAGUCCUUGCGCUACGAGCUCUUGCCCGUUCGCGCACACCCUCGAGGCAGCUUCAUCUGGUUGUUUGGACAGUGA